UUUUCUCCUCUUUUUCACUUCUCACCUUCUCUUCGUCCAUCGUCGCCGGCGACGAGACUGCUGGCAAGUCCGGAAUUACCGCACUCAUUUCUUGUGCUACAUUUUUAUCCCCUUCGUAAUCAUUACCAUGGCCGACGAAAAGCCCCAGUGCGGCAGCGAUGCCGAUGCUGCUGUCUAUGACUUUCCCCUGCACGUGGCUGCAGUUUUCAUUGUCUUCUUUGCUUCCAUCUUCGGCGCCGGUUUCCCAGUGGUGGCGAAGAAGAUCAAGUGGAUGAAGAUUCCUCCUCCAGUCUUCUUCUUCUGCAAGCACUUCGGUACCGGUGUUUUGAUUGCAACCGCUUUCGUUCAUCUUUUGCCUACUGCCUUUGCAUCACUCAAUGACCCAUGCUUGCCCGAUCUUUUCACCGACGACUACCCUGCCCUGCCAGGUGUAAUUAUGAUGGGCUCGCUCUUUGUUCUCUUUGUUGUUGAGAUGUGGCUGCACGAGAAGACAGGUGGUCACAGCCACGGUGGCGCAACGGGCGAGGCUUUCAACGCAGGAGGACAUGGCUCUGCCGCCGGAAUCCAGGCCAACUUCAACAACCCCAUUCGCCGCGUCGAGAGCUAUGAUUCCCAGAGGACCAUGGCCCAGCAAAACGAGAAGCGUGGAUGGGCCGAGGAGAACACCUACCCAGUCGACAACUUCCCAUUCCCCAAGAAUGGCAGUGACGAGCUUGAUGCCAAGUCUGAGAUGCCACCUUGGUUCAUUGUCUUCUACGAGCAAUACGUGCGCCAGCGCGACGAGAUGCUCGCGACCAUCAACCGUGCCAUGCCCGCCAUGCCCAACUACCAGCAACAACAAGCAUCCCAGGCACAGCAGACCAACUCGUACUUUGACGACGACGUCGAGCAAGCUGUUGACCCAAUGGUCCUCAAGAAGCAGUCCAUGCAGAUUACCCUUAUUGAAGGUGGUAUUCUUUUCCACUCUGUCUUCGUGGGCAUGACCAUCUCCAUCACUGCCGAGGGUUUCAUCAUCCUGCUCAUCGCCAUUGUUUUCCACCAAAUGUUUGAGGGUCUCGGUCUUGGAACGCGUAUUGCCGAUGUCCCCUACCCCAAGAACAGCUGGAAGCCAUGGGCGCUUGUUGUGGCUUUUGGUACUACCGCCCCCAUUGGUCAGGCUAUUGGUCUCGUCACUCGAGGAUCCUAUGACCCCAACUCCGCCUUUGGACUCAUCAUUGUGGGUGUCUUCAAUGCCAUCUCCUCGGGUCUUCUCAUCUACGCUGCGCUUGUCGAUCUGUUGGCAGAGGAUUUCUUGUCCGAGGAGGCAUCCCACACCAUGACUGGAAAGACCAAGACAACAGCUUUCAUCUACGUUCUCAUGGGAGCAGCUGGUAUGUCUAUUGUCGGAGCGUUUGCAUAAAUUCGCUUAAGACAUGGGCGUUUCCAACGCUACGGCAAUAGUCUCACAUCCUGUGACGAAAGUAGCAUGAAUUGUUACGCUUCAUUCGCCACUCGAGACUUCAACUGCUGCCAAGCUGCUGGAAACUGAACUAGCAAACACGUAGCCUCAGUAUACUCUGAUACUGGAGAGCUCUUUAUACAUUUCCUUUGUGUUCUCUAUCCAAGAGAUGCCAUUAGCGCCAUUGAAGGUGGGCGCUGGUGGCAUCUUUUUCUCAUGAUUAUUGUACGAGUAUAGAGAGGUAUUCUUGACACACGAAACGGCGCAGAA